AUGAACAAUCCGGUGAACAAGACCGAACACGUAGAUGAUCACAUUGCUGAUCCGGAGGAUAUCCCUGGCAAGCCAACGGGCGAGGAGUCCGGGAAAGAGGAGAAGGGCUUAGGGGCAGAAUCCGAGCAGGAUUGGAUUACAAUCCCUUUCAGGCAGCCCAUAUACUCAAGUGAAAAGGGCCCACGAUUCCCUCAAGAGCUGCUCGAGCGCAUUUGUGGAUUUCUUUGGGACGAACCCCUCGUGCUCGUCAGCUGCACGCGGGUUUGCUGCACUUUGUAUCAUGCUGCACGUCGAGUUCUGUCAGGACCAGGGAUCAUUUGGAGAACCCGAGAGGCCCUGCAGGACUACGCGCAUCUGCUGAUAUCCCAUCGUAACACAUCAUAUUGCAAACACUUCAAGUAUUUGUGGAUCUACGACGACGCCAGCAAACCAUUCGCGCAUGUUUGGCCCAUGUUCAUCCCUGGAUGGAUGCUAUCAGAGGUGUCCCACGUGCACCUCAAUGAACUUGACUGGUCGAACAAGACGCCGCACGAUAUCUUCUUUGCCCACCUGUCUUCUUACACCAGCGUCUCGAGCCUCGAUCUGUGCAACUGCAGGUUUCGCAGUCUGACGGAUCUUCGCAGGGUGAUCAAUGCUCUUCCCAACCUUACGUCCCUGGAUCUCGUCAACGUGACAUUACAGCACCAGGCUCCCAGACCGCAACUGAUCACCGACUACGUCGCCUUUCGGGCCCGUUCACACAAGCUCGAGUAUAUUGGCCUCGUCGGUCCCACGCCGAGAUAUCUUGACCUGUCCUCGCAAUGCCGGGGAGUGAUGGUCUUCGAAUGCCCAAUUCUGCUGCGUAUGGUCGCCGCGAACUCAUCCACUGUCACGAGCCUCGCAUUAGGCCUGCGAAUAUUUGCUUCGCUCUCAACUCUCCGGCAAUAUCUGGCGCCUUUUUGCAGUCUGUCCUCCUUCCGAGCAUUAUAUCAAUUCACUUCGAGCCCUAUCUUUACAUGCGAGGAGGCAAUUCCCGUACCCAUGGAGGACACAUACACACGAUCAUGGUCAAGCUUUACCCUUAUGGAUGUUCCUGACCGAUCCGCACUGCAGCUUCUACAGCUGCUUGCUACCCCUCUGUCAUGCAGCAAGCUGGUGAACUUCUCAAUUUCCUUUGUAGGCCGGCCAUCUACCGCACUUCUAUCAAGUACCAGCCGUGUUCUCCAACUGUCUGGACCUACGCUCAGGAAGCUCUCGUGGCACAUCUCGGUGGUCCUAGAUCUCGAGGUCACGCCAUCACUCGCAGGGAGCACAUCUCUACGAACAUUAGCCGUAGUCCUUCGAGACAUUGCCCCAUCGCCACAGAAGAUCCAAAGUGCUCUCAGCGCCGUGCUAUCAGACGUUGCCAGCACGGAUCUACAACGCGUGGAACUCUCUCUCACUUUAGCUCAACUCAAGGUGCUUUCCCAGAGUUGGCAUGGACCGCCGCCCGCAGUACUAGGUACUGCCGAGUCUAUCCCUGCUUUUCACACCAUUCUCACCCGCGACAUAUUCAAUGGGCUUCCUCGGCCCCGCGCUGACGACACGGGUGUACUGGUUGAUGUCGAUGUCAAGAACAUACAGGACAAUCCCACUGCGGUAGCCACUAUCAAGGCUCACAUGGUCACUAUGUUUUCGCCGUGGUUGGCUCGUGGAAUAUUGCAGUUGUCGCUGCGUUCACACUUUGACUAUUUGGAGAUUAUAACUUCUCUCACGUCUGAGCUCCGAGAAGACACAUUGAGCUAUCACGGAGGCGAGAAUGUCGAAGAAAACAAACUCGUAGCAACGGUCAGCGUCCCCAGCCUUGAGGCCUGA